CAUGAGUGUCUUUAUGCCUGCACAUGGGGGGAGAUGAGAAGCGUUUUAAGAGAAAAUCCCUGUGCAUUACUGAGCUGCUGUCCCCUCAUGCCAGGCGAGUCAAUGGGCUUUUUAUAUCCCAUAGGAUUUGAACGUGCCAUAAAGAGGCUCUGGUCUAUAUCAUCAAUGUAACAUGGUCUGACCUGACUUCCCAGAUCAUCUACCGGAGAUACAGCAAGUUCUUUGACCUGCAGAUGCAGCUUCUGGACAAGUUCCCUAUUGAAGGAGGCCAGAAAGACCCCAAGCAAAGAAUCAUCCCUUUUCUACCAGGUAAGAUCCUGUUCCGGAGGAGCCAUGUCCGAGACGUAGCUGUGAAGAGGCUGAAGCCCAUCGAUGAGUACUGCAGGGCACUGGUCCGGCUUCCUCCUCAUAUUUCACAGUGUGAUGAAGUCUUCAGGUUUUUUGAGGCUCGCCCAGAAGACCUUAAUCCUCCAAAAGAGGACUAUGGAUCUUCAAAAAGAAAAUCAGUUUGGAUGUCCAGUUUGUCUGAGACUCCAAAAAAGAGUGUUGCUUCAGGUGCUGAUGCUAGCUCUGAACCCAUGAUCCUGGAACAAUAUGUGGUGGUGUCUAACUAUGAGAAGCAGGAGAACUCUGAGAUCAGCCUCCAGGCUGGAGAGGUCGUGGAUGUCAUAGAGAAAAACGAGAGCGGUUGGUGGUUUGUGAGCACAGCAGAGGAGCAGGGCUGGGUCCCAGCUACUUACCUAGAAUCCCAAAAUGGAACCAGGGAUGACUCUGACAUCAACACAUCCAAACUUGGGGAAGUUUCUAAGCGACGCAAGGCUCACCUGAGACGCCUGGACCGGCGGUGGACGCUGGGCGGGAUAGUCAACAGGCAGCAGAGUCGAGAAGAGAAAUAUGUCACUAUCCAGCCGUACACCAGCCAGGGGAAGGAUGAGAUUGGGUUCGAAAAAGGGGUCACCGUGGAGGUCAUCCAAAAGAACCUGGAAGGAUGGUGGUACAUAAGGUAUCUAGGCAAAGAGGGUUGGGCCCCAGCUUCGUAUCUGAAGAAGGCUAAAGAUGAUCUUCCAUCUAGGAAAAAGAACUUAACUGGGCCAGUAGAAAUCAUAGGAAAUAUCAUGGAGAUCAGUAACCUGCUGAACAAGAAAUCAUCCACUGACAAGGAAACUCAAGCAGAAAACGAGACUGCAGAAACCCACAUCACCAAGAAGGAAAUCAGUUUGCCCAUCUUGUGCAAUGACUCUAAUGGCAAUGCCAUGAUGACCCCAGACAAGCAAGCUUCCAAACUGGCCCAGGGAUCCCCAGCCAUAGCAAGGAUAGCACCGCAAAGAGCUCAAAUAAGUUCUCCAAAUCUAAGAACAAGGCCACCCCCACGAAGAGAAUCUAGUCUGGGUUUUCAGUUGCCUAAACCACCAGAGCCACCUUCUGUGGAAGUGGAAUACUACACCAUUGCAGAGUUCCAGUCAUGCAUCUCUGAUGGCAUAAGCUUUCGUGGAGGACAAAAAGCAGAGGUUAUAGAAAAGAAUUCUGGAGGCUGGUGGUAUGUGCAAAUUGGAGAGAAGGAAGGAUGGGCUCCAGCAUCUUACAUUGACAAGAGGAAGAAGCCAAAUUUAAACAGAAGAACCAGUACUUUAACCCGCCCAAAAGUUCCUCCCCCAGCACCUCCCAGUAAACCAAAAGACUCUGAAGAAGGAACAGUUACUGGCACGGUUUCUUCAGGAGAUUCCCAGGACUCUCCCCACAAGAUGAAAUAUGAAGAACCUGAAUAUGAUGUGCCUGCCUUUGGCUUUGACUCAGAGUGUGAAGUAAGUGAAAGUCAUCGUGAAGAGGGCACUCCUGAAAAACAAGUGUUUCAGCCCCUCAAGCCCUCUUCUGUGUCUUCACUUCAGAAAGCAAAGUUCAAAGUAGGAGAGUCUUCAGAAGAUGUCGCUCACGAAGAAGAGACCAUCUAUGAGAACGAGGGAUUUAGGCGUUAUGUGGAAGAUGCUUUGUCCAAUAAGGAAUCUAGUGGAGACUCAGAUUCUCAGAAAAGCGCCUCUCUUUCCUUGAUCCGAAGGAAUUCUCCGUGUUCCAGCUCUCCUAAAUCAUCACUUGUGAAGCUCAAGGUGGACAAAAACAUCCAGCCCAAUCUUGGAAAAUGUCACUAUUCUAGGAAUGAGGAGACAAAACCAAGGUCAGCUUCAGAUGUUGGCUUACGUAGCAUGCCAAGAACAGGCAUGAAGAAGGAGCCUGCACAGAGUCCUUCCAUUAGAGCAAAGCCAAUCGUUAGGCCCAAGCCCUUCCUAAACAAGGCAGACUCUCAGAGCCAAGAAAAGAUGGAUAUCAGCACUUUAAGGCGUCAACUGAGGCCUACUGGGCAACUCAGAGGUGGACUUAAAGGUUCAAGAAGUGAAGAGUCUGAGAGCCCCACCCACACAGCUUCUGAGAACCAAGACGAUCCUGUUAGAAGGAGCUCAGCUGAUUUCAUUACAGCUCCUUCUUGCAGCAUUUUCUCCUCUAGCCAUCCAGCCAAAACUGAGCAAGAAAAUAAUUCCAGAUGUUUCUACGUGACCACUGACUCAUACCAAAAGGUACAGGAUUCUGAAAUUUGCUUCCCAGCAGGAGUAGAAGUGGAAGUGCUGGAAAAGCAAGCCAGUGGAUGGUGGUACCUGAAAUAUGGUGACAUGGAAGGCUGGGCUCCUUCCCAUUAUUUGGCACUACCCGAUAACCAGCGAGAAACCACAUCAGCAGAAACUGAUGCCUCAUUUGCCAGGAACAGGAAAAAUGAAAACAAGUCAAACAGUUUAGAGAAGAUAGAGAAGAGGGUUCAGGCUUUAAACACCAUCAACCAGAGCAAACGUGCGACGCCACCCAUCCCAAGCAAACCUCCUGGCGGUUUUUUGAAACCAUCAGGGCCAGUCAAAAUGAGGAAUGGUGUGAGGCAACUAGCUGUCCGGCCACAGUCAGUGUUUGUGUCUCCACCACCAAAGGAUAACAACCUGUCAUGCUCUUUGCGCAGAAAUGAGUCUUUAACAACUACAGAUCAUCUUAGGACCGUCCGUCGGAAUUCCUCCUUCAGUAAUGCGUGGUCACAGCCCGGUGAUAUGAAGGGAAAGCAGCCUGAGCGGUUGGGUACAGAAGGCUCAGAGACCACCACCAACCUCCCUUCCCAGAGGAAUGGGAUUCCUGUGUCCACAGUCAGGCCAAAGCCCAUUGAGAAAUCCCAGUUCAUUCACAACAAUCUCAAGGACAUCUAUGUUUCCAUUGCAGACUACGAAGGGGAUGAGGAGACUGCAGGGUUUCAGGAAGGUGUCUGCAUGGAGGUCCUCGAAAGGAACCCAAAUGGCUGGUGGUACUGCCAGAUCAUGAAUGGUGUCAAGCCAUUCAAAGGCUGGGUUCCCUCAAAUUACUUGGAGAAAAAGAACUAAUAUUGCAAUAUCUUUAACUUCCCUAAUUUAUACUGUUCCUGCUGUGUAGAUGUGGAAAAAAAACAAUUGCAACACAAAAAGACAUUUCCCUGCGCUCCAGUUUGUACAAAGGGACAAAGGAGUCUAUGCUGAGGAUACAUCUGCCAUAUUCAGGAGAGGUUUGUGGGGUUAACUUGUCAUAAGCAACUACGAGGAAGAUCCAGCAUAGUCAAAUGCCUUUUUGUGAAGUUGUUAAUAAUCUUGUAUGUGUAACAGGGUAUGACAUCCCAUCUUUCCCAUUAUCGAUAGGAAACCAAACGUGUGCCUUUUGUGAGAGAGAAAUACAAAUGCAUCUACUUGGGGAGUUUUGUGCCAAACUCUGUUUUACAAUCUUGGCUCCCUUUCUCCUCAUUCUUAUCCGUGUGUGGAAUACCCAAGAGUUUUGGAUGCAGUUCCACGACUUAGUGAGAAGCGAGUGGAAGUUUCUGGAACACAAAGGGACUCUAAUCCUUUGGAGCUGUUCACUUUUUUUUUUUUUUUACUGUUUUCAACACUUGGUUGGUCCAGAGUUGGAGCCUUUUCAUUGCGGAGAGAUUUGAUCUCUGACUUCAGUUGUGUUUUGUUGUUACAGCUAACUCAUCGGAAAAGGCAAUCAGGUGGUGUUGGUUGGGGGCUUUUUGUUUCCUUAUGUUCUGCCUUGUUCUUUGAGUUGGUAUUUCAGGUGUUCUAGGGCAGCGAUGCCUACUGGUGCUUGUAAAAAAAAAAAAAAAAAUACAACCUACAAACCCUAUGCUUAAGCAUGUUGAUUACUUUGUAGCCUCCAGGUUUCUGUGCCUGACUCCUGCCAGGUGAUCCUGGUUGAAUCUCUUCCAGAGUUGGGUUUCUCAAAACUUGGCAUAAUAUCAAAAUGUACAAAAGUCCCUUGAGACACUAAGGACAAAGCUGUUAAAUGUUACUUCUAGUUUUGCAAUCUGGUCUGAAUCUAAACGUGCUGACUGCUGGCAGGGCCCGCCGAGGUAUUAGCUAGAAAAAACAGUAAUGUUCUGCAACAUCAGUGUUUACAAUGAGGGGGGGAAGCCAUCAAACUCAGUCUGCACAUCCUUAAUUUGUAUAUUUUGGGGGAAUUAUUUUUCUGUGUUUUGUUUUUGUAUUUACUGUGCAUUCUGGGUUUACUUUUUUUUUUGUGUGUCUUGUUUUACCGGAAGAGACUUAAAAAUGAAGUAGGAGCCAAAUAUGUGUUUCUGUUCCCACUUAAAUCCAAAAAGUACAUUUAUACUAGAAAGUGUGCCUGGGCUUCUCAGGCUUAGAGAUUUAAUAUCAAAGUAAUUAGUUCUGCAAUGCAUCUGACCAGGAAGUUGCCUCUUCUAGUUCCGUUUCUGUCUGCCUUUCUUGACUCAUGGUUUGAAACGUGGCACGUGUUGUGGGGUAGUGUGGUGGGAAAUGGAAGAGGCACCCAUUGAAAAAGGCUAGGAAUAUGGAAUUAUUCCUGAGGAAUUCAACUCUUGUACUGUAAACAUCAUUGGCAAAAUCCCUAGUAUACUUGAAGAAGUAAUGUUAUUUUGUUGGGUUUGGUUUUUUAAUGGCCUUGUUAAUCACUCAAAAUCAAUAUCUAGUUCCUCUAUAUAAUAGUCAGCAUUGUAAAUCUGUUUUAAGCAGGAGAGGGCAGACCAUUUCACUACUGGUUUACGCAAAAUGAUACAUGCCCUUCUUUCCACCAACACUGAUUUGGCUUGGAAGGUAAAGGUUAAAGACUUUAAAGUAGCAGGGAUCAAGGGGCUGAGUAAGAUAGCACAAUAUUUUGUAGAACUGGGGAUGUUUCUCUGCCAAAAAAAAAUUUACACAAUUUAUACA